GAAAAUCGCGGACGAUAAAUUUUAAAUUUUAUGCUUUCUGUCUUUUUUCUUGUGUUGCUGUGAAUUGUGUUCAACGUAAUAUUUUUUUGUUACUGUAGUGUUUCUGGAAUAACAAGUGUAAUAUCUUCGAGUAAUCGAGUUGCGGUAAAUUGCUAUUGUAAAUUUGUAAUAUCUGGAAGUAAAUUUAAUAUUUAAAACUCUAAAGUAAAAAAAAAAAAAAUCGAACUAUUUUGGGAAAUUUUUUUCCCUUGAAAAAGCCGUUUUCAUAAUCUGGAAACUAAAUGCCAAAUUGCUUGUUGCUUUUGAUAUAGCCUUGUUUUCACUAUCUUUCAUUUUCCUGGUUUUCUCGGGCAUCAAACGGAUCUUCUAACAUUUUUUUUCCCCUGCAUUUUUGGUUGGAUGAGCUAUUUUAACUUGGUUCUGUCAUUUUUCGGAUUUCCUUUUUCUAUUACUUUAUAUGUCAAGUAUAAGCAUACAUAAAUUAUUCUUUUAAAAUUUCAUUCACUUUUGACUUUUUGUUUUAUUUUAUUUUGCAUCAGCGUUAUUACUGAAAAUUGAACGCCUUUAAAACAUUUAAUCUACGUAAUUUCUCAAGUCUUCAAGGCGGUAUCUGUGUUUGAGUCCAAGAAGAUAAUAUAUAUGUUUAUAUGAUUUAAGUAAGACAUCUGGCUUUAGUUGGUAAUGAUGAAACAGUGCUUGGGCAUUACUUUAUCUAUUUCUGUGAUUAUUGUUUAGCUUAUUAACGUACAUAUAAAGUAUUUAAUUAAUUUCUAGAUUAUAAAUAUAUAUUUGUUACUUUCCCUCGGGACGCUGGUUUUGGUUCUAUAGAUUGAAGCCAUUUGCUUCUUGUUACACGCUUUCAUGAGAGAUCUGACGCUGGAGCUGGAGAAGCAAAUGAUAAGCUAUGGAGGACAGCGCAGGAAGAGGUUUUGAAUACCAGAAGAUUAUGGAUGAUAAGGUGAAUAAUGGGAAUGGCUCAGAGAGGGCUAUUCCUUCCUGUUGCUUGAAGGCUAGAGCUUCUGCACCUGAGCUUGAUGUUAAAUGCCAUUCUACUGUUGUUUCUGGGUGGUUCUCGGAAUCUCAUUUCUCCUCUGGUAAAGCUAGGAAACGGGUCUAUUUUAACAAUCCUAUGUGGCCUGGAGAAGCUCAUUCAUUGGAAGUUAAGAACAUUUUGUACAAGGGAAAGUCAGAUUACCAAGAGAUCUUGGUCUUUGAGUCAUCUACAUAUGGGAAAGUGCUUGUUCUUGAUGGCAUUGUCCAGUUGACUGAGAAAGAUGAGUGUGCCUACCAGGAGAUGAUAGCUCAUCUUCCACUUUGUUCGAUUCCAUCACCCAAAUCUGUUCUGGUUGUUGGUGGUGGUGAUGGUGGCGUUCUCAGGGAAAUUUCUCGCCAUGGUUCUGUGGAGCUCAUUGAUAUUUGUGAGAUAGAUAAGAUGGUUAUAGAUGUGUGUAAGGAGUAUUUUCCAGAAUUAUCUGUUGGAUUUGAGGACCCUCGUGUCCGACUUCAUGUAGGUGAUGCUGUGGAAUUUCUUCAACUUGCUCCUGAAGGGAAAUAUGAUGCAGUUAUUGUUGAUUCUUCAGACCCUGUAGGUCCUGCUCAAGAGCUUGUCGAGAAGCCCUUCUUUCAGACAAUAGCUAAAGCAUUAAGACCUGGUGGAGUGCUUUGUAAUAUGACAGAAAGUAUGUGGCUUCAUACACACCUUAUUGACGAUAUGAUCUCUAUUUGCCGGGAAAUAUUCAAGGGUUCUGUCCACUAUGCCUGGGCAAGUGUUCCAACAUAUCCAAGUGGUGUGAUUGGAUUUCUCAUAUGCUCAACAGAGGGGCCACUUGUUGAUUUCUUGAAUCCUGUCAAUCCUAUUGAGAAAUUAAAAGGAGCGGUCAAAAAUAAAAGAGAACUUAGGUUCUAUAACUCAGAGCCAUCUCCAUAUAAUCGAAGCUUGGUAGCAGUGUUAUUUCAAACAGCUAGAAAUCCUGAGUUGUCAUUUGCAGACAGUUAUUAUAUAUGUUGUAAAUGUGCGUUUAAGGUUUUUCUAUAAAAUACAAUGAAGGACCAGGAUGGUACUAGUGUUAACCUUCAAAUUUCAGUAUCUUUCUUGUCUGAGGUUGGAAAAUUUUCUGCUGAAAAUUGCUGUAAAUGGACAUCACAAUUUAAUAUUGAAACGUGUGAAGCUUUCCAGGAUUCUAUGGCAUAACCAUGUAAAUAUAAUUGAUUGAACUGUCUGUGUUGAAUACAGUUUGUUAUUGUUGUU